UCUUGGUAUUUUUUUGGGCCAAAGUUCUUGCCUUUCUAGCAGAAACCCUAGCUGGCGGAUCCGGCCGCGUCCAUCGCCGUUGCUGGAUCUCACCGCCAGGCUCUUCGUUGGAGUCUUGCUGACCUCCCCGGGGAUCUCCUCGCAGCUUGUCUAAGGAACUUUCUCCUUGGAUUUCAAUAAGAAUAUUUUGAUGCUAGCAAAUGGAUGCUCGAUAUGGCAUUUGAGGAGACAUUGAUUUCAGUCUCUAACAAUGCAUUUAUGGAGCUUGCUCUUGAACAGGCAAGAAUUGCUUUGGACAACCUUGAAGUCCCUGUUGGGUGCGUAAUUGUUGAGGAUGGCAAUGUUAUAGCAUCAGGGAGGAAUCGAACCACUGAAACACGAAAUGCUACCAGACAUGCGGAAAUGGAUGCCAUUGAUUCUUUACUUCGAAAGUGGCAGAAGAUUGGGCUUGACCAAUUGCAAGUAGCUGAAAAAUUUUCCAAAUGUGAUAUUCAUGUUACAUGUGAACCUUGCAUAAUGUGUGCUAGUGCCUUGUUCAUUCUUGGAAUAAGGAAUGUUUACUAUGGCUGUGGAAAUGAUAAAUUUGGAGGAUGUGGAUCUAUACUAUCAUUACAUGAAAAUGAUCCUGAGAACUUGUCCAGAGGUACUACUUCGAAUAGGAAAGGUUUCAAAUGUAUUGGAGGAAUCAUGGCAGAAGAAGCCAUUGCUCUUUUCCGAAGUUUCUAUGAGCAGGGAAAUCCUAAUGUUUUAUUUAGUGCCUGAAAUUAUGAAGAAUGUGGACUCAUACUCAUGAAGCUCUUGAUGGAGUCAUUCUUCUUGCUUUGAAGCCUUCCUCUUAUUUACUGUUAGUGUUUGUUUGUGUUGGAGCAUUCCUUCUAAGUCAGUUUAUUUGGUUUAAUCCUGAAACUGAUUAAUUUCCUACUUUAGUAAAAAUCUUCAUAUGUAAUCAAAAGAUCUUUCAAAACCUUUAAUGCUGUAUUUAUUUUGUUUUAAACCUCAAGAUUUCACCAAUUGUAUUUAUUAUAUACCUGCUUCAUACUAUUAAAAGUCCGAGAUGCUACUUGGUACUCAUGGUAAAGGCAUUUGUUAGGUAUUAACUUCUGAUUGAAGGACAAGGAAGAUUACCUUUGUGCAAUUUGCAUCAUUUCACUGAGGCCAAAUGGCAAGCAAGUAUUAUAUUUUAAUACAUUUCGCACAAACAAGCCCAUUCUUAGUGUAAUUGCAGCAGUUCUAAUUUGUACAAUUUAAUCAUAUUAGAAGGAUCGACAUCAUACCACAGAACCACCCAAAAGUAAGAUUGAAUGCAUGCUUUGCAAGUUUAGUAUCCAUUGGAAUAUAAAUAGUGUUUUGGUAAAAUGGCUACUUUGGGUUUAUUGGUGAUUAUAAAAAUGAAGGUAAGAAUGAGGAAUGAUGUUUAAGGUUGAAUACAAUGAAUAGAUUAAGUGGAGAUGGAUUUAGAUGCUGAAAAUUGCACUCUGUUAAACCUACUAAUUCUUAGUAGAAAUUUGACAAUGCUUUUAUGGAUGAAUCAGUUAUGCAUAAUUGUUGCUAAACUCAGGGGAGCAUUAUUUGAAAAAAAGACCUUUUAAUGCACAAGCUAGACAACUGUUAUCCGUGAUAUCAAUAAUAGAAAUUGAUAAUGCUCAAUUGGCUAAAAUGGUGAAAUCAUGUUAUUGAUCAUAUUUUUCUCAGUGAUCUAUGUCAGCAAACCUACUAUAUUUGGUUCUGAGGACAUACAUCUUUGUUCUUAUUAAUUCUGUUAUCAAUUUAAGCUCUUGACUUGAAUGAUUGAACAUGGUUUCAUAUAUUUUCUGGCAGUCAAUUUAUGCAUAUUUUGUCCUUAAAAUUAACU